AUGGACGACGACACGGGCGAGCACGCGGCGACACUGGAAGCCAUCGCACUCCGGCUCAUCGAGGCGACCAAUGCACGCGACUUCGACAAUCCCAUCUGGACGGACAGCAUUGCCGAUCACUUGGAAUUCACCUCCAACGGGAGCAGCAACUUCGACCGGUUCAUGGGCGAGGAGACAUGGGGACAUGAGUACGCCGACAAACUCAAGCUCCUCACCACCACCUUCCCCCAUCUCCAGGUGCACGUGCAAGACCUGUCCGCCCGCGUCGUCGGCCUGCAUCAAGUCGUCGGCGAGGUCUUCAUCCACACCCUCACCACCGGCAACUUCCCCGGCCUCAGCACGCCCGUCGUCAAUCGCCUGGAAUUCCGCUUCAUCCGACAUCGUUGGCGUCUCGUCAAGCACAGCUGGUCGCAUGGCAUCGAUCCCUUUUGA